AUGCGUCUGAGCCGCAGUCUUUUCCUACUUUUGAUGGUGGCGCUACUUUCACGCGCUAAAGGCGCCUUAAGUAAAAACGUAAACAACCUCAAGUUGGCGGCGACGACCACGAUCCUCGAAUCCUCCUCCAAGCAAAAUACACGGCUCUUGAGAGCGUACGAGGCGGACGAUGCCGACAGCGAGGAGAGAGCACCGACUCUUACGGGUGUCUUUUCGGAUAAAGAGCUUGCACCUAAGGCUGCCGCCAAGCUGAUUAAGAGCAAGUCUCUUUCGAGAACGGCUUUAAUGACCAUGGACGAUGUAGACGACGAUCUUGCUCUCUUAACAACGAUGUGGGUACGCAACCUUGGUGUGCUCAAGAAACUCGAAGAAGUGGGAUACACCCCAAUCUCUCUAGCUGCAAAGCUCAACGUCAACACGAAGCCCCAGUCCUUGACUAAAACUCAGCUGGCAGACAAAUACUGGAAGUCGGCUCACCCCGGCAAUGCCAACUAA